CGCCGAGCGAACAGUAGUGCGUCCGGAAGCACUGCGCUUGGAACAGCGAGGAAACGUCCGCGUUUCGGGCUGAAAAACGUCAUAUAGCGGAUUUCAUCGACCGGAGAGUGUGUCCAGCUCCUCAGGCUACAGUUUCCGAUACUUUCCCACACUUUAUAACGGAACUCGCGUUUGUGGAAGAUCGAGAAUCGACUUCACUGAAGGGCAGGAGUGGAGCUCUGACCGACUUCAGAGAGUUAUUUGAGAAGUGUUUAAUAUUGGAUUGUAAGCGUGUAUAAGUGAGUAGACACACGAGAUAUGUUCCCUUAAGUUCCAGGAAGCAGGGAGAGGGCCAGAGGUGAGUGUUUGCUGGACAUUCUCUACAGCGGGAGUCCGAGCCACAGGUGUCCGCCUCAGGGCUCCAGCAUGCCGGACUCCACCGGGAGCUUCAGCCUCCUGCAGCGGACCUGCUCUCUGGUGGUGCUGCUGUGCUUCUUACACAUUUCUGUCACCGUCAUUUACUACAUGAGGAACUCGGACUCACGGCCAGCUUUCGCCCAAAACCAGCAGCAGAGACCGACGAUACACAGGAAACUGGCGGAGCAGAGGGGCACGACCGAGGACAGCAGACCCGCGGCCAACGCCUCGAGCAGCGACCAGGAGCUGCAGAUCUGCCCGGAGGAUCCGCCGCACCUGGUGGGUCCUCUCCGUGUGGAGUUCUCGGACCCGAUCACGUUAGAUCAGGUGCGGUCAGAGAAUACUGUUCUGCAGGAGGGCGGACGCUUUAGACCCCCAGACUGCAUCGCUCGGCAGAAGGUGGCCAUGAUCAUCCCCUUCCGGAACCGAGACGAACACCUGAAGUUCUGGCUCUAUUACCUGCACCCUAUCCUGCAGCGGCAGCAGCUCGACUACGGUGUCUACAUCAUCAACCAGGACGGUGAGGACACGUUUAAUCGAGCUAAACUCCUGAACAUCGGCUACGCGGAGGCGCUGAAGGAGUAUGAUUACGACUGUUUCGUGUUCAGUGACGUGGACCUGAUCCCGAUGGAUGACCGCAACAUCUACAAGUGCUACAAUCAGCCCAGACACCUGGCCGUCUCCAUGGACAAAUUUGGCUUCAGGCUGCCGUACACACAGUAUUUCGGUGGUGUUUCGUCGCUCAGUAAAGAGCAGUUCCUGAAGAUCAACGGAUUCCCUAACAACUACUGGGGCUGGGGCGGAGAAGACGACGACAUCUUCAACAGGAUCUCCUCCAGAGGGAUGUCGAUAUCUCGGCCUGACGGACUCCUGGGCCGCUGUAGAAUGAUCCGUCAUGAGAGAGACAAACAGAACGACCCAAACCCUCAGAGAUUUGACCGAAUCGCGCACACAAGGGAAACCAUGACAACUGACGGGAUCAAUUCGCUAAAAUAUAACGUGGUAAAAAUCGAGAAAGACCUGCUCUUCACCAAAAUCACAGUGGAUGUGGGCAAACCCUGAUUCCUGCACAGAAACCAAAUAAAAACUCCACCAAACGUGCCUUCAUUCUGAGAGUGGAUUAUAGAGAGAUAUAUUUGACAGACGGGAGUUUAGCCAUCUUUGCACAUGUGAUGGCGAGCGCAGGCAUCGGCGGACUCUUCUGGAAGCGUCCGGAGGGUUUCACACUCUCUCCUGCCGAGGAACAAACUAUAUUUUGAGCCAUUUAAUUGCAUUAAAUCGCUGAUGUACAUGAGACGAUGCGAGCUGAUCUAUGGGAUUAUUACUUCUUUAUUUUAUAGAGUGAUCGUUAAUCAGGAAGCUGAGCAAUGCAAAACGAUUCUGGGGGAUCUGCUAAUCAAGGGUUGUGGAUAUUCUGUAAUCAUCAACCAGAAAACUGGCAUUUUUGGGGAGUCACGAUUAUGUUUACUUUACAGUUUUAAUUAAACCCUAACAAGCAUUGUGCGAUACUGAAGCCAUGAUUUAAACACCGCUCAUAAUGUACGCAGCUUUAAAUGAACUCAUGUUUAACUUCAUUACUGACUCGCUAUUAAAUAAGAGUAAAUAUCAUUAAAUCAGCAUAUGAGGCGUUAUCAUAAACUAAUACAUGAGUGCUGAGCAAAGAUAAUCACCAUUAAUUACAUUCAAAUUAAAAGGUAGAGUUGACAAUUUAAGUGUGUGUGUGUGUGUGUGUGUGUGUGUGUGUGUGUUUUAUAUAUUUAUUAGGUAUAUCUAAUACACACACACACAUUAAAAAUAAGUGCACAAACCUAUUUAGUUACAUCGUUAUUUAAAUGUAUUUAUAAUUAGUGUCAUAUAUUUUAUGUCUAAAUAUAGACACAUAUUUCCUCAAAUAUAUUCAUGCACACACACAUAUAUAUAUUAUGUCAAACAAACUUUUAUUUUGGAUGUAAUUAAUCUACGCCAGUACUAAAUAACAUUUCAUUAAAUUACAAUUUUAAUACAUUCAUUCGUUUAUUUUCCUUCAGCUUAGUCCCUUAUUUAUCAGAGAUCACCACAGCGGAAUGAACCGCCAACUAUUUCAGCAAAUGUUUUACACAGCGGAUGCCCUUCCAGAUGCAACCCAGUACCCAUACACACUCAUUCUCACACACACACUCAUACACUACGGCCAGUUUAGUUGAUCAAUUCCCCUAUAGCGCAUGUGUUUGGACUGUGGGGGAAACCGGAGCACCUGGAGGAAACCCACACCAACACGAGGAGAACAUGCAAACUCCACACAGAAACAC